ACGAUAGGAAAUUCUUAAUUACGUAAGGAGGAAUGCGCGUGAAAGAAUAAAGGAAAAAGUACCGUGAUGUGAACCGGCGUCCCAGCAUGGAAUAACCAGUCGACAGAACGGCCGCUCGACCGCCCGCACGUCACCCGUCACCUAAAUCCCAUUCAAACAAAAUCUUUUCCAUCGUUCUCCCUAAUUGCGUGUAGCCAUUAAUUUCGUCAGCAACUGAAACAGCAUUUAUUUCUCCUUCCUUUUUUUAAUUUGGGUGUAAAAAAAGAAACGCGGGUCGAUGCCACUCGGUGGUAGGUGCCUGCUGGUGGGGAAAAGACAUGAAGUAAAUUCUAGCAGUCACGUACGUAGAAAACACAGCGGCUUCCAAUGCCGAGUCAUCAUCCGAACAGAAGCCGAAAGGGCAGCGCUGAAAGAGAAGAAUAAAAACUGGAGGGGAAGCGGGAGAGAGAGAGAAUAUCCCGCGUGAAGGAGUCCCCGCCGGAGUAGUGGAGUAGUACUUUCAGCAGCGACUGUGUAUAAACGGUAGUAUAAUAUACAUAUAGAGAAAGAAUAAGGAAUGGGAUAUUUGUAGGAGAGAUGCGCUGCAGCCCAGGAAAAGCAAAAGGCGGAUUGCUGGUUUGGGUGUGGGCUCGCACUGCUGCGCUCGGCCUUUUCUUCCAUCAUCUGAAUCUUCUCUCAUCAGUCUGACUCUGACCGUCCCGAGCUCCGGUUUGCUGCGCGCUCUCAUCUCCCGUUCGUUUUCACGCACACUUCACCAUUCUUCUUUAACAAGUCGAGGAAAAACCUGUUCAGCUUUCAUUGUCCAAUUUUACCCGGAAGAAUUGCUACGAGCAAUUUUUUCUUGAUUAGGCCCUACUCCAACGGGAAGUUUUGACGGGGUUUCUAUAAUAACUCGAAAGAAGAAAGAAAAAAGAAAGGAAGGAAGAAAAACGGGGAAAUGAGAAGAGGCCUAAUAGCGUUUUAAUUAACCAAAACGAAGGGCGAAAGGAAAAUUUUGUCUUUGGUAUGUUAUUUCUUUCAAACUUUUUUUUGUAUUUUUAUUUCAUCAAAUCCGUUAAUCGGUCGGACGAGCUAUUUCGUGUUAUCCAGCCGCCGUUUUCAAUCAAUCUGUUGUUUUGUUUUUUUUUUCAAUUUCAAUUUUUAAUUUUAAUCAACGCCGUUAUUAAUCAAUCGCAAUCAAAAGGCAAAAUGUAUUUAUUUAGAGGUGGAGGUUUCAGUGCUGGUGGAAGUUUCUGUUCUGGUGACAGUGUAAUGAUUGUGCAUAUGCGUCUCAGCACGAUCAUGACUAACUUCUUUUCAAUGUUUGUGUCUUUUGUUAUGUCAUGACAAUGACAUAACGUUAUAAUGACGUAAUGUUAUAAAAUCUGCUCCCCCACAGAAAUCAAGCAUUUUUUAAAACAUCCAACUCCACCCAUGAAGUGUUCUUUAUUGUCCUAUUCGUUUCUACAUUUCUCUUAUUCUUUGUUUGUGUUUAUACGAUUUUUUUUUCUCAACUUCUUGGUGACACAAAAAAAAGGCUUGACCCCGCCAUGUCCGUGUGGUCCAAUUCUUUCCGCUGCGGCGACGGCUCCUGCAUCGACGCCAGCACUCAGCGGUGCAAUGGCGUCGCCGAGUGCGCCGACUCCUCUGACGAAGCCGACUGCGUUAUUCAUGACAUGAUGACGCCUGGAACAACAAAAAUUGGAGCUGGCCAAAACUUGAUCAGUUGUAACUCGGCAUCAGAUCCGACUCUUGCGAUAGUUUGUGGCGUUGUCUUCCCAAUUCUAGCGCUCGCAAUUAUUUUCUCUGUUGUGCUAAUUCGUAAAAGUCAAGGACUCUCUGUGUUGGCUCCAACCGCAAAUCUUCAUUCGCCACAGUGUAAUAUAGGUCCAAAUAUGAUUGUAAAUUGUGAGGUGAAAAAAAUCGGUUCGAUCUGUAUCCGUAUAAAAUGUCAAUUAUUUUUUAUUUAAGUCCGUGUCAAAUAAGUGUCAUGUACGUAUAAUGUGAAACUACUUUUUAAAAGAAAGCAUAUAAUAUAUACUAUUCUCCUCGUUAAA